AUCAAUUUUGAUAACAUAGACUCUAUCAUAUACCCAACGAACCUGGAAACGAGAGACUAUCAGUUAGACAUCGUUCAGAAAUCACUAUUCGAAAAUUUACUGUGUGCAAUUCCAACUGGUUUGGGUAAAACGUUCAUUGCAUCGACUGUGAUGUUGAACUACUUCAGAUGGGUGAAGGAGAUGAAAAUCAUAUUUAUGGCUCCAACAAAACCCUUGGUGGCACAACAGAUCAAAGCGUUUGUACAAUUGUCAGGUAUCUCAAUGGCUUACACAGACAUUAUGUUGGAUAGGGUGAAACGAAAUAGGAAGGCAAUUUGGGAUAGUAAGAGAAUUCUGUUUACGACUCCACAAGUGGUCGAGAAUGACUUAAAGUCGGGAAUAUUGGACCCUAAUAUGGUUGCACUAUUGAUCAUUGAUGAAGCUCAUCGAGCCCGUGGGAACUACGCGUACACAAAUGUCGUGAAGUUUUUGAACAGAUUCAAUCCAUCUUUCAGAGUUCUUGCUUUGACUGCUACUCCUGGUCUCGACAUCGAAUCGAUCCAGUCUGUAGUAGAAAACCUCAACAUCUCGAGAAUCGAGAUCAGAACAGAAAGGGAUCCUGAUAUCUCCAAAUAUAUUAAGGCAAAGAUAAUCGAUAAGCUGGAUUGUGAACCAACAAAUGAAAUUUCGCAGAUAAUUGAAUACAUCUGUGAGGCAAUUCGUCCUGUCCUCGAGAAAGCAAAUGAGUCUGGAAUAUACGAUAUUACCGAUCCUUCGAAAAUAAACCAUUUUGUGGCAAUGGAGAAAAGUCAGAAAGUGAUUAAGAAUCCAACAAUUCCCGAAGGCCUCAAAUGGUCAUACUAUUUCAUCCUUCAGUUGUUGGGGACAGUGGGUCAGUUUUUUCGACGGCUUAAUAUUUAUGGUGUAAAAACUUUUUACAGUUAUUUUCUGGAAAAAUACACAGAGUUCACAACCAAGUACGGUAGCAAGAAAUCCACAAACAAACUUGCCGCUCAAUUUUACUAUGAUGAAAAUAUAAUCAAGCUGAAGAAGUAUGUCGAGAAUCUGAUUGAGAGUGAUAAGCAUAAAGCUCUGAUUGAUAAAACUCAUAUUGAAGGUAUAUUUUCCCAUAUGAAGUUCAGGUACCUUGUCAAUGAGCUGAUUUCUUUUUUCAGUUCUGAACGAAACAACUCAUCCUUGUCUUCGUCUUCUUGCAUCAUUUUUACCGAAUUUAGAGAGUCUGCGUUGGAGAUUGUCAGAGUUUUGGGAAAUGCAAACAAAACUUUAGAUAGAGAUCGCAUAAGGCCUCACAUUUUCAUUGGUCAAUCCAAAGAAAAGGACAAAUUUGAUCAGCAGACAUAUUUAGAUAAAAUAAAACCAAAGAGGAAGAAAAAAGGAAGCCCAGAAAUUGAAGAGAAGAAAAAUAGAAUUGGAAGUUCAGAAAAUGCCCAGCUAAAAGGUAUGAACCAAAAGGUUCAAAAAGAAUUGAUUGAAAAUUUCAAGUCAGGAGAAUAUAACGUCCUUGUUGCUACGUCCAUUGGUGAGGAAGGUUUGGAUAUCGGUGAAGUGGAUUUAAUCAUUUGUUUCGAUUCAACACAAUCACCAAUAAAGAACAUUCAAAGAAUGGGUAGAACGGGCCGUAAAAGAGAUGGUAAAGUUUUAUUAUUGUUUAGCUCGAAUGAAAGGCAAAAAUUUGAGUCCUCAAUGGGAAAGUAUGAAUGGAUUCAAAGUCAAAUAAAAGAUGACUCCAAUAGCUUGACCUAUUAUGAUGGCUCCCAUAAUAGAAUUGUUCCGCAAGAUGUUGUUCCAAUACUAGAAAGAAGAUUUGUAGAAAUUCCUAAAGAAAAUGAGGAUUUGUUGAAAGAUUCCGAUGUUGUAGACACCGAUGAAUUUUUACGUUUGGCUACUCAAACUAUUCAAAGGAAAAAACCAACGAGCACGAAAGGAAAGAUAAAGACAAAGAGCAAAAGAAACACAAAGGGUACUGGCACGGAUCACGAGGACAACACAAAGUUCGAGAAACGAUUUUACAUGCCUGCUAAUGCUGAAACAGGAUUUCGACCCGUUGCCCGUAUGGUA